CAUAAAAUUUGUUAAAACUGCAUGUGUGCAGAGGAAUAAUUACGUUACUGGUGUAGCACAUUGCAGCAUCGGGGAUUGUGACUGAAUUAGAAACAUGUCAGGAGGGGGUUAUGCCAUAGGAGAGAAAUCCACUGGGAAAUUGAAAGACCCAAGGUUUUGGCAAUGUCUAGCACUGGUUUUGGGAGUUAUAGCCCUUGUCCUUUUGAUAGUUGUAAUUGUCCUUGCAGCAGAGAAAAAGGAUGAAGAAAAUGACAUCCCAGAAUGCAGACGACAUCCGGUUUCCGGUGUGAUUGAUAUUACUGAACCUGAAAAUCCUCCAAUUUUUCACGAUCUAACCAGAGGAGAAAUAAGAACUAUAUUAGACUUCAUGUUGUCCCAAAAGUCUUUAAAUAUAACAAAGCCUAGUAAGGCUGUACUUGCCUCAAACUAUGUAUAUGCAAUGGAACUUAUUCUUCCAGAGAAGAAAUAUGUUCUACAGUCAACUCAACAAACCCAGCCAACCAGGAAAGCAUUGGUUACAGUUUUUUGUGGCGGUAAGAUCGAGCCAAAUGUGGAGGAAUAUUGCGUAGAAUUAACACAGCAGCCAAGUUUCUGCGGUGGCCCUAAGUCCAUUCCGUUUUCUUUUAGGCCAAUCACAAUACCAGAGUAUAUGUCUGCCCUGAAUGUAUUGACCGAAGAUUCCAAUAGAAUCGUUGGUGAUAUUCUUCGUGAAAGUUUUAAAGGAUCUCUCGUUCAGUGUGGGGGAAAUUGUUUAGGAGUAGAGAAUGUAAGUCCUUUUGCCGCUGUGAUCGCAGAAGUUGAAGGCCAAGGAUUCCGAGGAAUAUGGUUUCCACUACUGCAACUGAUGGAGCCAAAAAAUUUGCAUCCCGUAGAUUUUGCCGUUCUUGUAACUAUAAAUGGAAGUGCUGUUCCGGAAACGGCCGAUGUUUGGUACAAUGGUCAAUCAUUUGUCUCACUCCAAGAAUUUAAGGACAAAUGGGACAAAGGGGAAGUUAAUAAACUGAACUUAGAUUUUCCUCAGAUGCGUACGCAUGAUCAAGAAUUUCCAGAAAAUUUGCAGAGACCGCCUAUUGAGAUCGAACCCGAUGGUAAACGUUAUUCCAUUAAAGAUCAAACGGUUACUUACAUGAACUGGAAAUUUCACUACGGAAUAUCACCAACUCACGGUCCCCAGCUUUACAACAUCAGAUUUAAGAAUGACAUGAUUGUCUAUGAACUGGGUUUACAAGAGAUCUGUGUAUUCUACUCGUCCUCGGAACCUGCCGGAAGAUUUACAAAUUAUUUUGACACUGUAGUAAUGAUUCGACUCUAUAUGAAAACAUUAGUGCCUGGCAUUGAUUGUCCCUCACACGCAACAUUCCUAGACGCCACGCAUAUGUUUGAAACAUCGGAUUCCCCUGUCACAAACAAAAAAGCGAUAUGUGUAUUUGAACACAAUUCCGGAAGUCCUCUGAGACGCCAUCAUGCACCCAGUGAAACACCUUCCGGUUACUAUGAGGGUGCCCCUAAUGUCGUGCUUAUCCUAAGAAUGAUUGGUACUCUUGUAAAUUAUGACUAUAUAUUUGAUUUUAUUUUCUAUCAGAAUGGGGUUUUGGAAACCAAGGUCACUGCCUCUGGGAUAAUUGUAUCUUCAUUCAAAUCUACAGACAAAAAAUAUGGAUUUCAGCUAACCGACCAAGCAUUGGGGACUCUUCAUUUCCAUUUCUUCAAUUUUAAAGUAGAUCUAGAUAUCGGAGGUUCUAAUAAUAGCUACGCUACCUACGAGGUAGAAGCGGAUGAAGUUCCUAAUCCUUUCUCUAAAGCAUCAAAUCCUUCGAACUGGCACCAAGAAAAAAUUGUAAAGGUUAACUAUGCCACAGAAAGAGAAGCAACAUAUAAGUAUAAUUUCAGCACCCCUAAGUACCACGUAUUUUACAAUGAAAAUAAUAAAGACAAGUACGGUAACCCCAAAGCCUACAGACUACUACAGAAAGGUAUGGCCAAAAAUGUACGAACACAGGGAGCUGGAAAUGAACCCGGGUCACCUUGGACACGAUAUCAAAUGGUCGUCACGAAACGCAAGGAAUCAGAACCAUACAGCUCAUCAAAAUACGCCACGUAUGACGGUGAAAAUAGGAAAGUGAACUUCGAGGAUUUUAUCGGGGAAGAAAAUAUAAAUGGCGAGGAUCUAGUAGCCUGGGUUACAUUAGGAGUGCAUCACAUCCCACACUCUGAAGAUCUUCCCAUAAUGCCCACACCCGGAACUGAUCUCAGCUUCCUGUUGUUGCCUUUCAAUUAUUUUCCCGAGGAUCCCAGUGUAGGAUUCCACGAUAAUGUACGCUUACAAUACGACAGUCCUUCUGGUCCAUUAAAAGUUAAAAAGGCGAAAUCAGCAGAACUGAAUUGUCUUCCACCAAAAACUUAUUCAAUUGAAGAUUUAAUAGGCCAACCAGAGGCUUUUAUAAAUCGUUCGUAAGUAAAUUCAAGAAUGGAAGUGGAAGUGGAAGGUAGAUGCUAUUAAUGGAAAUAACCGACGAAGGAGUCAGCAAAUUAUUGAUAGAGAUCCUUACGAACUGAGCCACUGAUAUAAAGAGGGCUGCACUCCUAUAAAGCUGAAAGGGAUGAUUUUUUAGAAGAUAACCCGGUAUGGAAUAGAUUGAAUGACGAAGCCUUUUUUAAUUAAGAACUUCUGUCGCAGAAAGAGUUUUACAAGUUAAAAAAAACACAUGUGAUUGCGUUUUGUAGUGUGUAUAACAUCAUUUUCAGUCGCAAUAUUAAGACUUUGAUUCCAUGAACAUACUAGCUACUGACUUAGCUCUUGACAAUCAAAUACUUUUGAAUUGUCAUCAAGGAACUUGUCUUAUUUCAUUUAAAUAUAUCAUUCUUGUAUAGAAUCACUAAAAAUAGGUAAAUAUUCUUAUCACAGUGAUUUUUCUGACCAUGCAAUAUGUACAUGUACAUCAUUAUUUUGUAAUGUGUUUAACCUCACGACUGAGUUGAUCUGUAUGUUGAAACAAGGAGAAAGUUUGUGAAAGAAUUUUACUGUCACUGUAAUUUUUUAAAAUAAAAUUUCACGUAUUUUUUUUAAAUUCUAACAAUUUGGCAGACUAGAUAUGUCAUAUUGAUCACCAGGAUAAGAAACAAAGCCAUAAAAAUCAUUUUAAUCUGUAAAAUCUCAGUGUUUGAACUAUUGAAAUUCACUUUCUA